CAGAGCAAGAGGAACAGUUGGGGAUGCUGAGCGUAGAGGAGACACGGUCAGUCUUACAACCUGAGAGACAGGGGGAGAGCGAGCGCUGCAGAUUGCGACUCUCUGCGCAUGAAACAAGAAAACCGCGUUUGAAACAUCUUAUUUUUGUGUUAGCUCCUGCGCUGUCUAAGGCAAGCUGUAGGUGUUAUGCUUCUACAUACAGCUCAUUUAUUUAAAGUCACUAGGGAAAGAAAACAUACACACUAGAACUGGAUUUUUUCCCCGGGUUAUCGGGGGGGAAAAAAUCAUUAUUUUUGGUUGCGGAUUUCAAGCCUUUAGAUAGUCUGUGCAAGAAGUGUUUACAGUAGAUUCUGCUGCUUUUCCUUGGGCUAUCAGUAACGUUUGUGGAGCAGAGGAGACAGUCUUCAGCCACGAAUACACACUGACUGAGUUGUGUUUAAGUCGGCAUCCUGCAUCAUCUGCAACUGAGAGGUUCUGUUCUGGGUGCCAGAUCGUUGCAACUUGGGUUUUAUAAAAUACUUUCGGAUAUUUACAUAUUACUUACAUCAACACCUCGUCCUUGCUUCGUUUUUGCUGCAUUUUUUUGAGGGGGACUAUACGAGAAAAACAAGAAGAAAAAAAAAGUGCUGGAGUUAAAAUUGUAAAGUUCCUGGUUAAUAACUUGUUCCCCCCCAGCUUAAAGGAAAUAUUCCAAUUUUUACACAGCGUUCCAUUCUUGUGAGCUGGGAAGUCCGUUGUGGCUGAAGAUGGGUGUUUGUGGCUACUUGGUGUUGUCCUGGAGGUGCCUGGUUGUGCUGUCUCUUAGACUGCUGUUUCUUGUACCUGCAGGACUGCCAGUCCGGAGCGGAGACUCACCUUUUUCCAAAGUGAUGGACAACGUCACUGUUAGACAGGGAGACAACGCUGUUCUCAGGUGUAACCUGGACAACAGGGUCACAAGGGUGGCCUGGCUGAACCGCUCCAGCAUACUGUUUGCAGGAUUCGACAAGUGGUCCAUAGAUCCACGCGUGAUCCUGCUGAACAACACCAGCACUGAGUACAGCAUCCAGAUCAAAGACGUGGACGUUUACGACGACGGGCCUUACGUCUGCUCAAUCCUAACCAACAACAACCCCAAGGCAUCGCGAGUCCAUCUAAUCGUACAAGUCCCCCCGAGGAUUGCAAACAUCUCCACUGACAUCACAGUGAACGAAGGAAGCAGCAUCACCCUCAUGUGUCUUGCUAUUGGAAGGCCAGAGCCCACAGUGACAUGGAGACAUCUCUCCUCAAGAGCCCACCGGUUUGUGAGUGAAGGUGAAUAUUUGGAGGUCACUGAAAUUUCCAAGGAGCAGUCUGGUGUAUAUGAAUGCAGUGCUAGCAACGAUGUCUCAGCUCCAGAUGUUAGAAAAAUACACGUUACUGUCAACUAUCCACCUUUCAUCUCCAAUGCAAGGAACACAGGAGCACCCAUUGGCCAGAAAGGGAUCCUCCAUUGUGAAGCGUCAGCAGUGCCGUUUGCAGUGUUUGAGUGGUAUAAAGAAGACCGAAGGCUCCUGAAUGGAUUAAAUGGGGUUAGAAUUGAAAACAAGGGAAAACAAUCCAUGCUCACCUUUUUCAAUGUGUCUGAGCAAGAUUAUGGCAACUACACCUGUGUGGCAAUGAAUAAACUGGGGAACUCAAAUGCAAGCAUCAUACUGUAUGGUCCCGGAGCUGUGCAUGACAGGAACAAUGCUGCAUUUGCAACACACAGCUCCUUCUGCCUGCUGUUGACUCUGGUUUUGCAGUACGUUCUCAAGUUUUGAUGCAGUACCAGCGAUGGCAUUCCAGCUCCUUCGACAUUGCAGUACUACAGACUUUUAGUUCUAUCCAAAUGGUGGAAUACCAAUAUUACUGAUGAUUUGCAUUUUAACAUCAAACCCAGCAGUGAAAUUGGGUAGGGGCAACUUAAAUAAAAUGCGUGGCUCUCCGACCUAAUUUUCUACAUUAAGAAAAAAUAUAUAAUAAUAAUAAUAAAAAAAUAAACAAGACGCAUAUAUAUUCUGAUCUUUUUAAUGUUAAAUGGAUCUGUUCAUGAUAAAGGUUUCAUUCUCUUGAUCGCUAACCUGUUAUGUCCUCUUAUGUUUCAUGUGUCAAAAAAAGUAAUAGUAACAUUGAUCACGAAAAGGAGAGCACUGGCAUAGGAAUCAAAAUCAACUCUACACAUAAUGACAUAUCUGCUUUAUUUCAUUUAUAUAUAUAUAUAGUUUCGCAAUUGUCGGUUCUGUGUAGAACUGUAACUUAAUAUUAAUAUUAUAGUUUAUUGUUAUUAAUUCCAUCUAAAUCUAUUAAAUGUAACCAUGUGUUGAAGCAGAAAUAUAUUUGUUAACUUGUAUAUGGUAACAAUAGAGUUAAAUAUAACCCAUUAUUUAAUGCCAUCAUGCAUUAUUAAACCCCCAAGUUGAAAAGCUUAGUUUGGGAGGUGCGCUCGUUAUUGUAGCAUUUUUAAGCUGUUCUGCCCCUUAGGAUUCUGGGAAUUCUAGCUGCAUAUUUGCAGUAUGGAAACUUGAAGGAAUAAGGAUAAACCCCAUUGCAUUGUGGUUUCUAUACAACCAGUUCUGAGGGAGGGCAACAUACAGAAAGAGUUAUGGGUGUGCAAAAUUCAAAAGCGCAGGAAUGACGUUGUCAGUGAACUACACUGGACUGUGGUCGAUCCCUUUCAGAGAGUCGAGUUUAUUGUAUUAUAAAGUAAUGUUGUAGGAAAUUCAAUUAGAAUAUUUUUUUUUGUGCAGAAUAGGGAGCUUCUUGGUAUGCGGCAUUGUGUUAGUACUGUACAGGCUGGGGUGAUUUUUUUAAUACAUUGCAAGGGCACCGUAUUCUGUGCUUGUGCUCGUGGUUUGUUCCAAUAUGAGCACAAAAUGUACUUGUAAAGUAGUGCAGAGAAAAGAAGGUGCUUUGACAGGAUGCUAUAAUCCUGUUGCAUGGUUUUACGUACUUUUUUAAAGAGGAAAACAAGUUAUUGUAAGUAUUGCCCUCCCUGCCCACACAAUGAAAAAAGUCUUAAUCACAAUCUGUUAUAUCUAUAUUAUGGUGCUCAGCCCUCAGUAGUCUGGAUAAUAUUAUGUGGAUGGAUAAUGGAAAACACAAAACAUUUUUUUGGAAUGUAAUAUAAAGUGUCAUGGUAGCUUAAUGUGUGUUAAUCUUUUGUACGUACAGUAAAUGGCAACUUAAGAUAAAGACGCAGUCUCCCCAUGCUCCAGUAAUCGUGCAUGGCUGUGUCAUUGCUUGACAGAGUCUGAGCAUUCAAACAAAAUCAGUUUCACAUGUUGUUCGCUCUGAUGCUAAUGUAUGAGGGAGUGCAUAACAGGCGCUUAAAAGCCUGGUCUCCCUUGUCAUUCAGUACAUGCAACAGGAGGCUGCACCUUUAAAAUCCUUCUGUAUAUUAAAUAAAUCAAAAUCAUUCACUGUUUUAUCACCCUGUCCAAGCCCUUACCAGAAUAAAGCCAACCACCUUUAUGUAGAGUUUGAAUGCUUUCCAGAAAGAGCUGAUAAUAGCUUAAUGCAGCUCCCUUCUACACAAAAGAGGAGACAAGGCCAUUGUGCGGAGCAUUGAAUUUAAAAUUAGGAUCGAUGUCUUGGGAUUCUCUUGUUGUCCUUAGUAAACACUGGCAACUGUGAAAAAAUUAGCAAACCGCCUGUUUGACGCUUGGAUGAAUCUUUGAAUUGUAUUUCUAAGGAUCCUAAACAAUACUACACAAAAAAUAAGGGCUGUAUAUAGUUUGUUUUGGUAAGGCCUGGGGCGAGAGUGCAAAAAAAAAAAGAAUCAACACAAGAAAUUAUUUUGACUUGGGAAAGUGUGUGUGUGUGUGUGUGUGUGUGUGUGUGUGUGUGUGUGUGUGUUUCAAUAGCAGAGAUGUAACUAAUACAAUGUGCUGUGUGUAUGGUGUCUUUCACAAAGGCAUUGACAUCAUUUUUCAUGAAAGUUAGCAGAGAGGCCUUUUCCACCAUAACAGCAUCAAAUAACGUUGUUUUCUUUUGUUUUUUUUGGCCCAAAUGAUAGGUCCCACUUGACCAAAUCCAUCCCUUGAGGUAAUACUUCAGUAGCAUGCUACAGAGAACAAUAUCUCUUACAGUUCGUAAUUUUAGAUAUUGUGGCUGCCGACUAGCUGAUCUGUAGGCGGGUCACCUCAAAGCACCAGUGUUAGUCAGAGGGGUGAUACAAAGGUGGACAGAGAGAAAGACAGAGAUCAUGUCAGGAAGAAGACUCUUUGGAGUUAGACUCGCACUGUACAUUGCAAACACAUCACACACAAACUAAAGUGAAUGUAAACGUACUGGAUGGUGUUCAUAUUUAUACAAAAUAAUUCUGUGCAUUGUUGAAGUAAAACAGAAUCCACUUGUAGUUACACUAGGCUGCUUCAUUUAGUAUAUAAUGUGUCUCAAGCCAGUUCUAUCUUUGGAUGAAGUUGUAUUUUAUCAUGACUAAGUUAUAUGUGACAUUUGACAGUGAUGUGGAAAUGCAUGCUUCCAUUCUGUACAGUUCAUAUACCAAAUUUAAAAAAAAAAAUGUUUUAAUAUAUUACUAGUCAAUUUACUCUACACAACCCAAUGGCAUCUCCCCUUCAAGAUGGCUGCCAAGCAUGGCCAUUUAAGAGUCACUUCUCUAUUUUUGACUAAUGUAUCUGGCAAUAUAAACCACCCUGUUGAAUAAAAGCAAGCAGGAAGCAAAUAUACGUUAAUUACAUUUUUUAUUUUCUUUAUCGUGCUAGAAAAGGAGAGUGUGCCUUGAAUGCAGUUCCUACACAAAACAAAAACAAACUGUAAAAUAUCAUUCUCGUCAACCAAUAUUUAGAAGCUAAGUAACCAACAAUGUUCGUAACAAACAAAAUCUAUAUUAAGGCAGCAUAUUAAUUGUGUAUAUACCGUAUAUGUAUAUAUAUAUAUAUUUCCUUUUGUGAAUGUUACUAUCAUGUUGUAAUGAAGGCUUUAUCACUUGAUUUGAAAUGCUGAGCGAUUUGAAUUAUGUUUUCAUUUUAAACUACGUAAUGUGGAAGUGGAAAUAUCAGAGUAACUGUUUUAAAGGUCUUUUUUUUAUCAAGCAGUAUUAUUGUUAUUAUUAUUAGUAUACAUGACUCUGAGGAUUAUAAAUUCUUUAUAACAUUUUUUUGCUUUUAUCUAAAGAUAUAACAACCAGAAUAUUCAAUAGAAGACAGAAACUCCCAGCGUUGGUGCCAUCUCAUGACAUCAUCAGACAUGGCUACUUGUUCUUCCUUGAUUAGAACUAAGAACUUACUUAAAAAUGAUGUCACUUAUUUCAGGAGGGAGAACUGCACAGCAUUAUUAGAAUUAAACUGACACCCAUAACAACCUCAUUCACAGUCCACUCAUAUCAUGUGCCAUCAAUAUGUGGUGGUUACUAACACCCACCCACAGAGCAGCUUACAGUCCAAUACCCUGAGUGUUAAUGGUUUCAGCAUUUAGUAAUAAAACAUGAGGAGAGGCAGUUCUUCUCAACCAAAUCUCUAGACCAAUGGGACGUCUUCUUUUUCUUCUAGUAAAGCUGUGUAGCGCGUUUUUAAGGUAAUAGAAUAAAAAAGUGUAUGCUUCAUGACCAUUGUUGGCCAAGCAAAUGAACAUACUACCCUAAUUUUGUGCAUGUUAUGGCAUAGUGUAUCUUUUUUUUCUAUUUGAGAAUGAGUAAGAGAUGGUUGUAACUGUGCAGUGUAAUAAAGUUUAAUGACAUUUUUACAUG